AUGAAGAUCUCCGCAGCGACUCAAGUGCAGGAGGCCCAGCGCUCUUUCCCUGGGGCCGCCGAUCACGAGGCAGAGUCGGGGGCUGCCACUAGGGCUGUUCCUCCCGGAGAAGCUUCGCUCAAGUUUCGGCGCUCGUUCAAGAGCUCCAAGUUUUUUCUGUCUUACGGGCCCUUCCUGGCAGUCACCCUGAGCAGCUUGGCCCUCACUUACGCGCUCUUGAGCUGUUUUUUUUCCCUACAAGCGAGCCCCAAGGCGUCAGUGCUUGGCAGAUCGCUGGCGGGCGACCGGCGGCGCUCCUGUCACUGGGCUGUUGGCGGGGGAGAACGCGAAGAGGAAGACAGUGGCGUGUGGGCUGAUCAUGAGGGAGAUCCGCAUUCUGAGAGUCCCCAGAGACAGGAGGGCCGGGAGGAAAGGCCUGCGGAGGCGGGGCUGGGGGUGCUGCCCCACAGCAGCGCGGGAUGGCCGAGGCCCGAGCCUUACCCCGCAGAGGAAGUGGAAGUUGCAGGCCCGAGCACAAGCUCGUACAAUGAGGGGCCGUUGCAGCGCAGCUCGUGGCCGCAGAGGGCUUCAAGCAGCUCUUCUUCCAGUGCUGCUUCCCCGCACGGCGGGGCGCAGCAGCAGCACCGCGCAGCAGAAGCUGCUGCAGCCAAGGAGAGGCUCCGCCGCAAAAGCAACUGGCUGCACUUGAAGAGCUUCGUCUCCUUCGAAGGUUUGAAUCUGGAGGAGGCCGAGAAGUUGAUGUUCGGCCAGGCCGCCUUCAACGUUCACGAGCAGCAGGAGUCGGAUGAUGAGCGGAAGCUGGACUUGUGGAACGGGCGGAACAUGCCGAGCGCGGAAAGAACCAAAGUCGUGAGUUUGUUCACUUGGAUGAGAGAGUCUUCGAAGCUGUGCAGGAGUCUGAUGAAUGUCCUGAGCACGGACAGCAUGCUGCAGCUGACGUGGGCGGUGCUGCGGAUUCUGACGCUGGGCGUGGCCACGCUGGCGCUCAUUCCCCGCGACCUCGACGUGGAAAGGACCUGCACGGGCCAAGAAAUCAUGGAGCUGGCGGACGCCGCAGUGGAGCGCUCCGAAGGCUGCAGAACCCACGGCUUUCUGGUGGGCCAAAUUGCCGCAGUGCGCCGCGUCCUGCGGCUGGCCUGUUUGCCGCGGCCGCCCACGGAAGACCUGACCAACAGAAAGCGCAAGUACAAAAUGCUGACGCUCCUGGCGACGAUGAAGGCCGUGGCGAACUACGUGUCGUACAUUUUGUUGGCGCUCGCCAAGUUCGCCACCGUGGCUUCCAGAGGCCGCCUCGAGCAGGUGGUGGCCCAGCAGGUCACCGUGCUCGAGGCUUUGUUGGCGGAGCACUCGGGCUACGUGGCCCGCGACCGAAUUCUUCGCUACUGCAUCGUGGACUCGCAGAAGCGCGAGGGCGCCUGGCUCGUCAUUCCUCUCGAGCAGAUCUCCCAGUCUUUCGAGCCCCUGCCUUCCGACGGGGCUUUGAUUGCCAUGCUCAACAGCGCCGUCUGCAAGGCUGGGGGCCUCCCGAACUUGCCCGAAAUCACCGUGGGCCGUCUGGGCUUCAGCGGCGACCGUCUCCGGCACCCCGGCCUCAACCCUGUGCUUCCGGGCUCCGCCGACUUCUACUCUCAGGGCGCCGCUGCGCUGCAGCAGCAGCAGCUGCUGCUGCCUCCCACCAUGCCCGUCUGCUCCGCCGUCCAGGAGGCCCCUUCUCUGCAGGAGGGGCUGCCCUACGCUGCUCCGCAACCCCCCAGUUCCCACCUGCUCCAGCAGCAGCAGCUGCUGCAGAAGCAGCAGCAGCUCCAGCAGCUCCAGCAGCUCCAGCAGCUCCAGCAGCUCCAGCAGCUCCAGCAGCAGCAGCUCCACCAGCUCCAGGACCUCCAGCACCAGCAGCAGCUGAAGCAGCUGCAGCAGCAGCUGCAGCAGCUGGAGGAGCAGGAGCAGCUCCGGCAGAUGCAGCAGUUCCAGCAGAUGCUUCCGGGCCAGCAGCCCAAAACACGGCUGCAGCGGCACUUCCUGGAACUCCAGGCCCUGCAGGUGCAGCCAACUUCGCAGCCGUUUAUACAAAUUCCAGGUUCACACCCGCUUAUCCAGCAGCAGCAGCAGCAGCAGCGAGUUUCUCAGAAAUUUUUCCAGCAGCAGCAGCUGCAGCCGACUCUGCAGCAACCUUCCCUGCAGCAGCAGCAGCUAACUCUCCAACAGCAUUCCCUGCAGCUGCAGCAGCCAACUUUCCAGCAACCUUCCCUGCAGCUGCAGCAGCCAACUAUGCAGUCAACAUCCCUGCAGCUGCAGCAGUCAACUCUCCAGCAACCUCCCUUGCAGCUGCAGCAGUCAACUUUGCAACAGUCUUCCCUGCAGCUGCAGCAGCCAGCUCUGCAUCAAUCUUCCCUGCAGCUGCAGCAGCCAGCUAUGCAGCCAGCUUCCCUGCAGCUGCAGCAGCCGACUAUGCAGUCAACUUCCCUGCAGCUGCAGCAGCCAACUAUGCAGCCACCUUCACUGCAGUUGCAGCAGCCAACUGUGCAGCAGCCUUCCCUGCAGCUGCAGCACCCAACUCUGCAGCAACCUGCCCUGCAGCAGCAGCAGCAACGGGGAACUACGCAGCCCGUUUUCCAGCAACAGGUAGGGGCACCGAUUCCGCAACAUGUUGUCCUCCAAAAACAACAAACAGGUCCGCAACAGUUUUUGCAGCAGCAGCAGCAACAGCCAGUUAUGCAGCAGCUUUUGCAGCAGCAGCAGCAACAGGCAGUUACGCAGCAGCUUUUGCAGCAGCAGCAGCAGCAUCAACGGUCACUUACGCAGCAAUUUUUGCAGCAGCAGCAACAAGAGCCAUCAAUUCCGCAACAGCUCUUGCAGGAGCAGCAGCAGCUUUUGCAGCAGCAGCAGCAGCAGUCUUCUGGGCAUCUUGCACACCAGCAACAGCAGCACCAGGAGGGAGUUCCGCAUCAUCUGCCACAACACUUGCAGCAGCAAUAUGCUUCACAGGGGCUUUCCCGGCAGCAAAUACUUUCGCAGCAAUCUUUGCAGCAGCAGCAGCAACAGUCAGCUUUGCAGCACAUUCCCGAGGAGCAGCAGCGGUUGCCUUCUCAUGCUUUUCUCCAGCAGCCGCAGCAGCAAUCAGCUCCGCAACAGUUUCCCGAGCAGCGGAUGUGGCAAACAGUUACGCAGCACUUUCCCCAACAGCAACAGCAGCCGCAGGAGCAGCAGCAGCUGCCUUCGCAGUUCCCGCAGCAGCAACUGUGGCAUGCAGAUCCGCACCAGUUUCCCCAGCAGCAGCAGCAGGGUGCUUCACAGGGCAUAGCCCAGAAGACGCAGCUAGCAGCGCCAGACUACUUGCAAGAACCCCAGCAGCAAGCCCUGCUGCAGGCUUUCCCGCAGAAGCCGUCAUCAAUGGGUUUGCCCGGCAUGUCCUCAGCUAGCCUUCUGGCCCCCGCGGCCGGCGAGCCAAGUCUCGCAGACCCGCAUCCAGCUGUCCAGCUGGGGCCCCCAGCCGCAGCUGCGCUGGGGGCCCCAGCCGCAGCAGCCGCACUGGGGGGCCCAGCCGCAGCAGCAGCACUGGGGGCCCCAGCCGCAGCAGCAGCACUGGGGGCCCCAGCCUCAGCGGCGCUGGGGCCCCCAGGGCUGCUGGCGCCGGGCCGGCCGCAACGGCCAAGUCCCGCGGCUUCAGGUUCGCAAGCGCAGCUGCUUGAAGGCACUUCAGGAGUUUCAGGCGCAGUGCCGAUUGCCUAUGGCCACUUCGCCUCUUCGGAUCCUUCGAUGCCACCAGUGGGCACUCGGUUCGCUGCAGGGCCUAGCCAGGGGUUUCCGGUGUUUCCCUUCGACAUGGAAGGCCAAUACUCUGGCUUUCCAGGAUUUCAUUUCCCAAUAGGAGAGCCUGGAAUGAGGGCUUACGAGCUCUUUGAGGACGGCAGUGGACAGCCGCCGUGGCUGUUGCCCCCCUUGGGGUCUACGCGCCCGCCUGAGUGGCCCGGCCAGCCAAAUAAGCACAAACGGCUUUAG